ACCAAAAAGAAGAAAUGGCAAGAGACAUUUUAUUUCGAUAGAGGAAAUAACCAUGUGGAAAACAGGGCAGGUAUUCUCUACAAUGACACCCGUAGACCAAUUGAAAGGGAUGUAGCGCAGCUUGGUAGCGCCCUUGUUUUGGAACGUGGGUCUCCAAAACCCGAUGUCGUAGGUUCAAAUCCUACAGAGCGUGAUUCCGAAUCAGCAGACCCCAUUACCGGACAACUCUUUUUUAAAGAAAUAGUCAAAAAAAUUGUACCAUUUUCUAUUUUGGAAGAACAACGACCAACUAACACUUUGACUUUAACUUAUGAUUCAAAAACAUUAAUUGCACAUAAUAUAUCGAAUGAGAAGAAAAGGAAAGAAGAAAGAACUGAAGCUGACAGAUCGAGAUUGGAGUGA